AUGUCUGGCGACCAGGCCGAGUCCGCCGUCAGGGCAGGACAGGAUGAGUACCGGGCGAAGCGCUACAAGCACGCGCUGGAGCAGUUUACCAGGGCCAUGCGCUUGUGUAAAUGCAAUCGAGGAAUGAAGAGGGAUCGCUGCUCCUGCAAGGACUUUGAGGCGGUGGCGGACAAGGAUGGCUCCAUCUUUCACGAGGCCAUGUAUACUUGCUCCUGUCCUGUCGGCAAGACUUUUAGCAAAUGCGACAACCCAGUCCAUGUCAAAGCAUUGGACUACCGCGCUGCCACAUUCGAGGCGAUGAAGGAAUUGGACCGCGCGAGAAGAGAUGCGGAAUGGAUGCUGGAGCUUGCUCCCCGUCUUCCCGAUGGCUAUCUCAGAUUGGGAAAAAUUGCUCGUCUUCAAAAAAAUGACGAAUACGCCUGGAAGAUGUACACCGCUGGGGUUCAUGCUGGUAAUGCUAAUCGCAUGGCCACCAGCCCAAAAUUCCAACAAUUAUAUAGCGCUCGAAAUAAGCUUCACAUCCGAUUCUGUCGCAAGGACCCCAUCUUUCUACCGUCAGAAUUGUUUCUGUGGAUUCUCUCAUACUGUAACCUAAUCCAAAGAGUCCGAUGCUUAAGAGUCUCCAAACUGUGGCAGCGCACACUUACAUCACGCGAUUUUGCCAGUCUGUGGAAAGUCCUCGACUUUACCGGCUCUUCGACACCUCGACGGCCACCGCGCAUCGACUUUCUCAAGAAGCUCGUCGCCAGCGCCGGACGCGACGUGCGAAAAAUUGUCAUUGAAGAAAAGAGUCAUCGAUUCCAACUCUCACAAGCUAAGCUCUUCACCCUUUUACAGGGAGCAAUGCGACUGGAGCACCUCGAGCUCAGCUUUCCUGAUCACACCCUCAAGAUACCACCAACGGCAGGCCUUUGCAAAACCCUCAAGACACUCUCGCUGCGAUUGUUUGUCACGGAACCAAAGAAAAACAUUGUCGGCCUGGAUUAUAUACCCGUGUCUGCCUUUCCGUUCGAACUCUUAAAUCCUGUGGCGGAAACAAUUGAAACGCUGCAUCUUUCUGGUCUACCUAUGAGCUGGUUCCGGGAGCAAGAUGUACCCUUCAUGCCAAAGAUAAAAAACCUACGCUUGCAGAUGCGUGCUGGGUCCACUGCCAUGUUUCCAAUUCUACACAUUGGCUCGAAAACGCCUGCCUUGGAACAGCUGUGGCUGCAAGAUACGAUACCUGACCGCUCCAACGACUGGGAAGACCAAUGGAGCAAAAUCUGGCCCAACUUUAAGGCUUUGGUCGUCGCCGGGAGCAACUCUAGCACAGCCGCUCGCUUCGCCAUCACCCUCAUCAUACGCCUGUUGUCUUCGCUAAACCACGGCCGCAAGCUGGAAUAUAUUGACCUGGAUCUGCCUUGGAGCCCGAAUCCGGACGCCGUCGCCAUGGAGCCUCUGACUCUCAAUCCAGGCCCUGCCAUCCAACAGGUCUGGAACAUGGCCGGCACUGUGCUGGACCCCGAAGACAGCUGGCAAAAUGAAUACAAAAGACUAAAGGCCGUCAGGCUCGCCAACGCCGUUCUGGAGCCGGGGUGCCUACAGCGAGUGGCACAACCCCAGGCCAUCGCCGGUCAGCUACACACCCUGGACGUCGUAUUCCCGCCAGAGGACCUCGCCAUGCCAGCUGGGGCCGCCAGCUCAGCGCACCUCGCAAAGUAUGAAUGGCUAGCCGGAGCACCAGGGAUGCGUUGCAUGUCUCUGUCGCAGUUUCGAUUCCGCCCGUUCCCGAGGACGUCAGACGACAUGCCUCUUCCGACUUUUCUCGCAACGUUUCCGAAGCUGGAGACGCUCGAGAUCCGGUCAGACCAUUACGAUGAAGCGGAAAUGUGCUCCGUCAUUUCCGCCGUUAUAAAAGAAACCAAAACCUUGAAGCUCAUAUACCAGAACCAGAUACGAGGCGCGUUGAUGGACAAGCUUGGAAAGGCGGCAGCAAAACAUGGCGUAACGGUCGUGUUUGGUGAGCGGCCUAGAGAAUGGCCCGUGCCAGUUACGCCAUAG